UUGAUUAAGAAAUGUGCCUCACGACAUUGGACUAUUAAUUGCAUAGCAGAGACAACUCUAGGUCUGUCUGUUAUCAGAAUCCAUGGUCUGAUCUGCUAUAUGUGGUGGAAAUCAAGAGUGUUUUAUUUUAAAUGACAUUUUCUCACUUAUUUUUCUGACACCUGGUUAAACAUUGGACAGAGGAGAAGAUUGCUAUAAUCCACUCAUUGUCAUAACUCAUUCUCUCAGUCUUCCAUGCCGUUAGAGACCUUGUUUUACUGUCUGAGCCAAAUCAAUUCACUGGGAAGAAAGCCAGAGAAGGGGGAGGGGAAAAUAUAUAUAGUUUAAUGUUUGGAAAGAGGGAAGAUGGAAUUGCUAACUUAGAACAAAAAAUGCAUCGUGUUUAAUCUUUUUCCUGUUUGCAAUGUUUUCUUCCCCUUCCUGGAGGGUUUUGCCAUGGGUUAGGAAAUUCUUAACACAAAGAAGAUUUUUUUUUUUCUCUCUCAGAUGUACCUAAAUGCAGACUAACUGGCAACAUUAGGCAGAGUUUUCCUGGAAAGUUGGAAUUCCAGAUGGGUGUCAACUAAAAGAUGAGUGUCUAUUAAUUUUGUUAAAAUGACAGUGUAACUCUUCAAAGAUGAAAGUAAUUGCCAAUGAGUACUGAACUGUGACAUAAAAUGAUGCUCCCCCAGUGUCUACUUCAUGAAAAUAUGUCACUUAAUAGGGCAAAAUGGACUUCACAGAUGUGAUUACGGAUUGUGGGACAGAGAGAUUAUCCUGAAUUAUCUGAUGGAUUCAAUACAAUCAUGAAGGGUCUUUAUAAGAGGGAGGCAAGGGAGUCAUGAUCAGAGAAGGAGAUGUGAUAGUGAAGGAAAGGUUAGAAUGAUGUGGCCACAAGCCAAAGAAUGCAGACAUCCUUUAGUAGCUGGAAAGGACAUGGAAGAGGUUCUCUCCAUAAGCCUCCAGAAAAGCUGUAGCUCUGCUCACGCCUUGGUUUUAGUCCUAUAAGACUCAUUCCAAACUUCUGACAUCCUACCUGGUAAGAUACUAAGUUUGCAUUGUGUUAAGCCACUAAGUUUGUGGUUAUUUGUUAGAAUAACAAUGGAAAACUGACACUUCCAGACUUGUAUGCAGAUUUCCUUCCUACACAGCAAUUUUAUCCAGGAUUUUUCAAGCAGAAAUAUUUCUUCCAGAUCUGAAUACUAAGGCUGUACGCUUCAAUCUGGAGAAAGCUUCUAAAAGGUAUCAUGACUGGGAAAUGUAUAGCCAUGAACCCCAAACAGAGAAAUACCCUGUCUUAGUUUUUAAUGUAAGUUUAGACAAAUCCGUUUUUCUUGGGCAUGUUCAAUGUCUUACUGUAAAGUUUAUCUGUGAGCAGCAGAAGUGAGAGGGGAACCAAUGAGCUGAAAGAUAACUCAAUCAAUCUGCUUCCUCUGUCUUUGCUUCAGCGCCUUGUACAGGAAAUCUAAUGCUGUGUCAAGUUCCAGAGAAGAGUUUCUUCUCUUCCAAAUUACUAAUCAGGCUAAAACACAUCCAGUAGGGGAAAGGGCUUGGAGGAAAGAAGUCCCCUGCUGCUGCUGGACUAAGAGGAACCAGCACUAAGAAGUCGACCGGAGGGAGCCUCGCCAUGCUCACAGCUGCUCCUCUACCUGUCAGGAGGAAAAGUACUGAGUGAAGGGCAGAAAACAAAACAGAAAUGCUCUGCCCUUGCAGAACUCAUGACCUAGGGCUACUCUUGAUGUUGACCUCCUUCUUCGUGUUGGAUUCAAGUAGUUCAUGCAUGGAUGGAAAUCAGACAUUGUCUCCUACAGAAGAUAACACUUGGCUGUCUGUGCAGAUGGGUACAAAGGCUGUGCUCUGUUGCCCUCGUAUUCCACCAACAUCAGUGUUGAUAAUAACAACAUGGAAAAUACACCUCAGAGACAAGCCUUCGUGCACCAUUUCCCUCAACAGAGAAACAAAUCAGACCGGGAACAACAACUGUACUGAUGGGAGAAUCUCCUGGGCCUCCAGACCUGACCAGAAUCCUGAACUUCAGAUCCAUCCAGUGUCCAUCUCACAUGAAGGGGAUUACAGGUGUGAAAUGGGAACACUUGAAGGAAAUUUUGAACAUACAUAUCACCUCCAAGUGUUAGUGCCCCCUGAAGUGACCCUGUCUCUGGAGAAGAACAGAACUGUGGAGUGCAAAGCAAUUGCAGGCAGGCCAGCUGCACAGAUUUUUUGGGCCCCGGAGGGGGAUUGUGUCACUGGGAAAGAAUACCAGGACAAUGGCACAGUGACGACCAGGAGUAGGUGCCAUUAUCCAGAUGGCAAUCUGUCCACCAUGACCUGCUUGGUCUCCCACCAGACUGGCAACAGGAGUCAAUCCAUAGAUCUGCUUCCUGUUACCACUUCACUGUCUGUGCAGAUGGGUACCAAGGUGGUGCUCUAUUGCCCUUGUAUUUCAUUGACAAGAGUACUGAUAACAACAUGGCAAAUACGCUUCAGAAACAAGCCUUCGUGCAAAAUUGCUCACAACAGGGAAACAAACCAGACCAUCAAAACCAGCUGUGUUGACAGGAGAAUAACCUGGGCCUCCAGACCUGACCAGAGUCCUCACCUUCAGAUUUAUGCAACAGCCAUCACUCAUGAUGGAUAUUUUAGGUGUCAAAUGGCAACAUAUCAUGGGAAUUUCUGUCGUGGAUAUCACCUCCAAGUCUUAGUUCUCGGAACACCAGAAUCUCCAUGUUCAACUCUGCUGAUCAUUCUCUAUGCGAAGCUCUCUCUUCUUUUGGUCAUUCUGGUCAUCGUGGGAUUUGCUUUCUCCCAGAGGAUAAAUGGUUGCAGAGAAUAAAAAUCAGAAGAGCUGGAAGUCAGUUGAUAUGACAUCAUAAGAAAACAGCCAUUUGUAAUCAGCCUCAUGUUCAACAUCUAGCUGAAGUACACUUUCGUACCUAAGCGUUUAUGAGAAUGGACAUAAGUUGGCAAGCUGUUUCAGUCUCUUUACAUACAGUAUAUACACAUGUGCAAAAGUUUGGUGUUUGCUGUCAUAAAUGUCAAGGAUGCUUUGUCUAUUCUUCCCUUUCCUUCAGUGAAUGCUUAUUAGACAAAGUAAAACAAUCCUGCUUCCCAGCCUAAAGAAGAAGAUGGCUCAGCAAUUCAAACAACAAUGCUGAGCAGUUUUUCUACACCCCUUGAGUCCUUUGGAUGGUGCUUUCAUCCAGCUUCUUGGUUCCUUUGCCCACUUGAGAUGCUAUCAAAGUUGCAAUGGCUAGAGCCACUAUAAACACUGCCUGCAAGUUGGCCAGUAGCGAACCUUCUGUCCUUUUCUUUUCUUGCUAGCAAGUACCAGGGCAGUCACAUUGCAUAUUUGGACUGAAUCCUAAGUGAAUGGCUUAGAGUCUUUUUUUAGCAAUAGUUGCAUUUUAGUAGAAGUUAUAAAUUGUUCCCAACUAAGGAACUGCCAGUGUCUUUGGAGACAAUGCUGAAGGUCCCCUGACCUUUUAGAGCUCUAAGUGUCUCAGUACUAUUUGUUGUUUAUAUUCCAAGUUACAGAUUGGAAUGGAUUAAUGGGGGUAAAGGGUGGGAUAUUGGUAAAGCCCUAAUAUCUUGAAAGGCUGCUGAUUCAGAUGGUAAUCCUGUAGUAAUAAGUGUUGUUUUACCUAAAUGUAUCUUUUUUUUCCCUCCAUACUGUAGAUUGAACCCAGGGAUGUUUCACCACUGAGCCAUGUCCCCAACCCUUUUCAUUUUUUAUUUUGAGAUAGAGUCUCACUAAAUUUGCUUAGGGCCUUGCUAAAUUGCUGAGACUACCCUCAAACUUGUGGUCCUCCUCCCUCAGCCUCCCAAGUCACUGGGAUUAUAGGCAUGCACCACCAAGCCCAGCUAAAGGAAUCAUUUUUUAUGUAAAGUUGUGAGUGAUUUGGGCUACUAGUUUUGUUUUCAAUAAACUGUAGGGGAGAAAAUGAAUGCUUAAUACUGGAAGAUACUACACUAGUCCAGUACUCUAAUUAGGUGGUGCUUUCAUCCCAGAUUCUUGGUUGCCCACUGAAAAAGUUUAAUUCUUACUCAAAUCACACUCCAAUGUAGUUGGUGGGUCUGGGACAGUGGUUCCACAGGUAUUGCUCCAAGCUAGCAUUUUAUCCUCUUUAUGCUAUGACUCUGAUUUCCUCAGAGUACUCUGUAGUCACCUGGUGAAAAGGCAGCAGGAUUUUAUGUGGGAGGAUUUUACAGGCCAGACUUGGAGUAGCAGUUACUUCUACUUGCAUUCCAUUGUCUAGUGUUCAGUCUGAAGGUCAUGGUAACUUGUACAGAGCUUGGAAAAUGGUCUGAAAGCUUUGGAAGAAAAGGAAUCAAGCUUGUUAUACAUCUAGCCAAUAGUAAAUAAUAGGACUAGUGCUAAGAUUAAUGCCUACUCUGUUAGUCAUCUACCAUGAAUUAAUAAAUAAUUUCAUUAGUAAAUAUCAUAGAUAUUUAUUAGAUUUUGUAUUAGAUUUUUUUCAUGUUUAUGAUAGCAUAUUGAAAGUGAAGGAGUCUUGUAAUUCAAUUCUGUAAUAGACUGAAAAAGACAGCAGAGAUUGCAAGUUGCCUGGUCCAUUGUGGUCCUACCCUUUCUCUUUGUGGCCACUGAUUAUAUUCACACCCCCUUUUACCCAUGUAAGCUUUCAGCGGAUUUCAAAGUCCUUUUCGUAAGGAGUGUACAUGCUUAUCCACCAUAUGUAAUUUGCUUUGGCCAAUAAAAUGAGGCAGCAGUGGCAGUGUACCAUCUCAGCAUGGGUCUCGUGAGGUCCUUCAUGUUUCUACCUACUACUCCAAUAAGAACAUGUCUGGCCUAACCUGCUGGGGGAGUGAGAACCACAUAGGGUAUAGCUGAAUCUCCUCACUCCUACCUGCCCACCUCCCUGUUGAGUUUUGGCAAAUGAAAUAUAAGCAUAUCAUCUGUGAUAUUUUCUGGAAAACUUUUUGAAAGAGAAAGGAAGGGUGCUUUUCUGCUUUUCCUCCUCAUUUCUUGGACUGCAACAUUGGUGUGAUGACUGGAGGUCCAGCAGCCAACUUGAGCUAUGAGUGACCCUUGAGGAUGAAGACUAUUCACUGAGAUGGAUUUUAAAAAAAAAUGGAAAAAGAAAGAUGGAAGCAUCCUGGGCCUGAUGACCAUGGAGCUGCCCUACCAACCCUAGCCCAUCUACCUAUUGACUUUGUAUAAGAGAAUAAACUAUUUUAUUCAUGGCA